AUGAUCUUCAUAUUCCACCUGAAGUCCUGCCUUCCCUCUGCCUUAAGGAGUUUGAUUCUACAAAAGAAACCAAACACCAGAAACAUGUCCAACAUGAGUAGGGGGCUCUAGCCAGCCAGUGUGAUGAUCCUGCCCAGGCCCCUUGCUCUGGCCUUUGAAAAGUUCUGCCAAACAGCUGUGUCUUGUGCCAUCAUCCCUGGCUUUUGCUGCCCUCUUGUGAUCACAAUGAUGCCCGCUCCCAAGGACAAGCUGGGAAGGCUGGUGCAGGCCACUUGUCCAUCAGAAGAACUGCUGGGCAUCAAAGAUCUUUCCAAACCUGACUACGAGGAGGUUGUGGUGUGUCAGCCUGGGCAUGUUCCAGUGUUCUGGCCUUCUCAGCUGACCAGUCUUGAAGUUGUCGGCAGCUGCGAGACCCCACUGGCUUUCACCGCGCGCCACGGUUGCACAGUUACGACCGGCCUGAAGGGCACAGCAGCUCCAGCCAGACGUCUCAUCCCUGAGGGAAUUCCAGAGAUCCAUCACAUUUCCCAGGAUCCUUUGCACCACAGCACGGCAUCAGCUUCAGCCAUUCAGAGAAUCAGCAAACUGAAGGUGAUAAGUGCCAUCGACCCAGGUAACAAACCAGCAGUGGGGAGACUGGUGAGCUGUCCAGGUGAGCUGCUGCGGGCUUCCCAGGCACGGUCCCAUGUCCAUUCUGCGCUCCUCACCACCGGCUUCCCCAUGUAUUUCAACUACCAGCCUCCAGACCGCUUGCCAGGAGCCGUGGCCCUGGCCGCCAUGCUGCAGGCCUUGGAGAAGCAGGCCUCCAUGGUCGUCGACCAGAGAGCCUUGAGUUUGCACAAGAAGCUUGUUGAUGAGGCUGCCGAGCAGGGCAUUCUAAAGACGUCGAUCCAAAUAUUAACUUACCAGGGCAGAUCAGUAGGAGAUGCUCAGGCGUUUCUGUGCAGAGACGGGGACCCCAAGUCACCCAGGUUUGACCAUCUGGUGGCGUUCGAGCACGUGGAAAGGGCUGACUACUACAAUGCAAGGAAGAGGAACGUUGAACACUUGGGGGACCCUAUUGAUGACCUUUUCCUUAGUGCACACAAGAUUCCUGGAAUCUGGAAUCUGCUGUGUGAGGUCCACAGGCGUUACCGGAGGAAAGUGACUGGGCCCUUCAGACCACCUGGGGAACAGAACUGGACCCAGGCCCUCCCAUCUGUCACUAAGGAAGAAAAACUGCCGGGCGUUCUGGUGCAGCAUGGAGUCUGGAACAGACUCUCAGGCACCCUGGGCACAGAAGUGUACAGGCUGCUCUUCCAUGGCACUCAUGCCCAGAUGACCCAGAAACGGAUGGGCAUCAUCCUGCCGUAA